CUAAUAUAACUGUGGAUCAGAAACAUAAGCGCAGAAGAGGUGUAAAGCACAUACGUGUGAAGACUGAGAAAUAUACUGUCGCGGGAAUCUAACAAGACAAUGAAGAUGUGGAGACUGUCCCUUCAAAUGGCAAUGAUCUGCACUGUCCUCCAGCUCCAAAGUUGUUCCUCAUGCAUCAUCACUGGCCCUGUGGCUUUCUGUGCCUUCAAAAACCUCAGCUCUGUCCCUGAGCUCCCUCCACACAUCACACACUUGUUUCUGGAGAUGAACCGAAUCCAUGAAAUCACAGCCACUUCUCUGUCCCAGCUCCCCAUGCUACAACAUCUGGACUUAGGUCACCAAAAUGUUCCACUUGUGAUUCGCAACAACGCUUUCAGCAAACAGACAAACCUGACCAGACUUGUGCUGAGUUCAAAUAGGAAUCUGCAGUUAGAGCCAAGUGCAUUCGUGGGACUGUCCAACUUGAAACUUUUAUAUUUAGAAUACUGCAAUUUGAACAAAACUAUACUAAACAGCGCCGUUUUGGAACCACUCACAUCUCUGGAGACUCUUGAUCUAUUUGGAAACAAGAUUAAGAGGCUACAACCUGCAAUGCAUUUUACUAACAUGACCAACUUGAAAAAUUUGAAUCUGAAAUUGAAUUCACUUGAUCGAAUUUGUGAAGCUGAUAUGGCUGGAUUUAAGGGCAAAAACUUCGGGCAUGUCAAUCUGAACAGUGUGCAGCUUAGGACCAUGUCAAGUGAAGAUUUUGACUGGGAAAAAUGUGGCAACCCAUUUAAAAACAUGUCAUUUGAGUUCAUUGAUUUUUCGGACAACUAUAUGAAUUUGUCCAGUCUAAAGCAAUUUUUCAAAGCAAUACAAGGGACAAAAAUCAACAAGCUUAAACUUUCUGGGCGUUACGGUCGAGGGUUUUCAUUCAACAAUUUACCUGAUCCAGACAACACAACAUUUGAAGGCCUAAGGGACAGUCACCUGCAACAGUUGGAUAUGUCUACAAAUUGGAUUUUUGCAUUAAAACAUGGUGUCUUUAGCCCAUUCAAAGGCAUCCAAAUGCUUGAUAUAUCACAAAAUAAUGUAAAUCAAAUUGAUAUAAAUGCAUUUGAUGGUCUUCAGACAAGUUUACAGAGUCUGAACUUGUCACACAAUCUACUUGGUGAGCUCUAUUCUUAUACUUUUGCUGUUUUGACCAAUUUGAAAGUGCUAGACUUGUCCCAUAAUCACAUUGGGGUGCUUGGGUACCAGUCUUUCAGAGGUCUUACAAAUCUGCAGGCACUAUUCCUAACAGGUAAUGCCAUUGCAAAUUUAGGAUUCCCUGCUUCUUUACCAAAGUUGCAAAUACUUAAAUUGGAUGACAAUAAAUUAAAAUCCACCUACAAUAUUGCACAUUUUGCUGGUUCAACAAAGUACUUAGAUGUUUCGAGUAACAAACUGACAAAUUUGGGAGAUGUGUACAUGUUUUUAAGCACAUUUAAAAACCUCCAGUAUCUUAUUUUUAAAUAUAAUCCAGUUGAAACAUGCAUAGUGGAUUCACGUAUAACAUCAACUCAAUUAAAAAUGUUAUAUCUUGAUCAUAUCUCACUACAGCCUAUUUGGUCAAAAGGAAAAUGCUUGGAUUUAUUUGACCAUCUUGGACAAUUACAAUUUCUCAGCCUUACUAACAAUGGGAUCCGGACAUUACCUUUCAGUAUUUUCAAGGGCCUUAAAUCCAUCAAGCAAAUUGAUCUAUCAUCAAAUGCUUUGACACACAUUCAGGACAAUGUCAUUCCUCCAAAUCUACAAACACUGAAUCUCGCGAAUAACUUCAUAAUUGAGCCCCAACCCCAAAUAUUCAACUCACUCCAGGUUCUCAAUUUGAGGAUGAACCGAUUUCACUGUGGCCCAGGCUUAAAGGACUUUGUGACCUGGAUCCAACAGACCAAUGUGACUCUGAAAGGCCGCAUAGAUGAGCUAAGUUGUGAGUUUCCAUCAAGUCUGUCUGGUGUUUCGCUGAUAAAUGCUUAUGCUGCUAAGGGUGGAGUAGAGUGAAAAAGUGUCAGAUGUGCUUUACCUUUUAGUAUACUACAACUGUAUAUUCUAUCUACUCCAUACUGGUUACAUUAACUGCAACUGAGUUUUUACUUUUGAAAUAUCCACCUGUAAUGUACAAAACUUUAUUUUUUUUUUUAUGUGAGCUUGUUUUGAACUUAAAACACUGAGACUGAAAAUAUAUUGCAAAUAAAGUAAAUAUAACCACUAAACAAUCAAUAAC